CUUAAAGUCAUCCUCAUCAUUCAUCAAAUAUUUACAUUUACAUAACAAAUUUUGUUUUAAUUUAUUUAUUUUUACAAACUGGUGAUUAGAUCUGAACAAAUUUUAUUUGCCAUUAGUUUUAUCUCGAUAACCUUCAACCACACAAAAUGUCUCGAAUAUAUACCAAAUCCAUGGCAGUUUUGGAUAAAUUCGUGCCCCAAAAACUGCAACCUGUAUGGCAACAUCCUGCAGGUCCAAAAACGAUAUUCUUUUGGGCACCAAUGUUCAAAUGGGGUCUUGUAAUAGCAGGUAUAGCAGAUUUAAAGAGACCAGCGGAAAACAUAAGUCCACCACAAACAAUGGCCCUGGCAGCUACAGGAGUUAUCUGGUCCAGAUACUCUUUAGUUAUAAUCCCGAAAAACUACAAUUUGUUUAGCGUCAACGUUUUCGUAGCUAUAACUCAGCUAUAUCAACUCUACAAAGCAAUCAGCUAUCAAAGAAGUCUCGCCAGCAAACGUCCUACAACAUCUUAAAUACUGAUUCUAGUUAAAAUACAUAGUUAUAAAUUUGAAUUAUACAAUACUUUUAUCUGAUGUAUAUUUUUUUAUUAGAAUGGAUUUUACAAUAUUGUAAUUUUCAGGCCUAAUUGUUUAAAUAAAUGUUUAUACAUAAGUUUAUGGUAUAAAUACAUAUUGUACAGUUGUUUUGGUGAUAUAAAUUAUUUUAAUAA